AUGUUAAAACAAACACGGAACCUGCCAUCAUGCAUCUCAGGAGAUCGCAUCCGAGCUGGACUCUGUUAUUCAGCUGGAUAUCAAGCCUCGUACGUCAACGCGGUGCCUCUCAAACCGACAAUUUCGUGGGGGGCCGUGCCUCCUGAGCAACGCCCUUGUGCCCGCGGACAGCGCUGUUGGACACAGCCGCACAUCUGGAAUUGCUCCCAGGACGAGAGGAAUAAACAAACGAACGUUGCACCAGGAAGUGAGCGUUCUUUGGGACGUAGUGCGAACACGGAGUAG